CAGAGAGACAUUAGAAACCCUAAUUUAUUUAUCAAAUCAAAUCAAAUCAAAGAAGAGAAAAUGGAUAAAGGGCUGCUCGGAAAUGUUGGAGAUAUCCCACCUGAAGAUCAAGCUCGAAUGACAUCCAUGAUCGAGCAGCUUCAAAUUCGUGACAGUUUAAGGAUGUAUAACAAUCUUGUAGAGAGAUGCUUUACAGAUUGUGUGGAAUCAUUUAAACGCAAAACUUUGGAUAAGCAAGAGGAGACCUGUGUAAAGAGAUGUGCAGAGAAGUUUUUGAAGCAUUCAAUGCGUGUCGGUUUGAGAUUUGCUGAACUCAACCAAGGAGCUGCUACUCAAGACUAAAACGAACUUUCAGCUUUUGCCAAGCUAGUAUCUGCACUGCUGCAGUUUAAUAGUUUUGAUUUAGUCUUUCAAGUAAACACCAGUAAACACCACCAUAAACAUGUGUACAUUGCCAAGCGAUUUAUCUGCUUGCUGAGUUUCAUAAGUCGAUUUCCAUUACUCUAAACCUUUUCCUUACUCUGUAUCUCUUGAUAUAUGAUGAUCUUAUAUUGCAACUUUAGAAGGUAUGUUAACAAGCUUUUUGAAAA